UUGCACUAAGUUUGUUUGGGUGGAGGCCGUCCAGUUUAAACAGUUGCACACACCUGGACAGAAUAUGAGUGACCACAGGACUUCAUGUCAGCCUCAGAGUCAUCUUGUGGCUGACACAUCCCACAAGGACACUGAUAAUGCCAUACAGCCAAAACAAGCUUUCCUCAUGGAAACUAUCCCGGCUGAGCCCUGCCCACAGAGCUCAUCACAAACAGACUGUGACGUACUACAACAGCUCCAAGACUCAGCACCCAAGGACAACUAUCUGGAAAACAGCCAGGGAAGCCAGGACAACAUUUCACAGCCACCGGAAACACCAGAGCCAGAGCCCCGCUCACCAGACACACUAUCCCUGUCUCCAGAAUCUCCACUUCUAAGCUUCUCACAGAAAAUGGAGGAACUGGUGUAUGCUGGGACCAAACUCUCCCACUCGUUCGUUGCAAGCCCCCAGAUAUCAACUAAAAAACGGCGGGCCCCACAACCACCAAAGACUUCAUACCCAGCUCUCCCUCCUCCUCCUGUGAGAGCUCUUCGACCGCUGCCACAACGCCAGGGCCCAAACCCUCCUCCAUCGGCUGUCAGGGAGUGAGAGGGGUCAAAGGCCAGACGCUCUGACCUUGUGCCACUGUCCGUCGUUGAUGAUGCGCGGCACGCUGACGGAGGUGUUGCCGCUGCCCAGAUCGUAGCUCAGGUGAGC